AUGAACAAGAUGGAAACGACGAACAAGAAGAACAAGAAGUCAAGCGUGGCAAAGAACCCGCAUCGCUCCUCGUUCCCGCAAUUCCCAAAGCUACCUACAGAGCUCCGCACGAUCAUUUGGAACUUGACUCUUCAAGGCCGUACCGUGGAAAUCCAGUUCGAGAUGACCCGGGGCUUCUACUCUCGAGUAAAAACCCCGGUUGCCCUCCGAGUCUGCAAAGAUUCUCGAGACGCUGUCCUUUCCUCCUAUUCAACCUGUUUCGGAAACUUGAUGUUUACGCCAAGGACCCUCUUCAACUUCUCCUUCGACACUCUUUAUAUUGGAGCGGGAAUCGACAUCCAACAACAACUCAUGCACCUCAUUGGAAGUAUGAAUUCCACAGAGAUAUCCAAACUCCAAAGUCUAGCGAUAGACAACGAUAUUAAUACGGACUGGGAGGUUGGAGCUGACGCCGAAUUUGACUAUGAAGCAUGCGUGAAAAAAGCAGCCUCAUUGAUGCCGAAUCUGAGGGUGUUUCUACAAGUUUUCGACCUAGCGGGCUGGUUGUUAGAGGACGACAUUGGUGAGGGAAUUGGAGCCAUGGAAUUAUACCUCGAGUGGCCUACCGAGGUUGAGGAUAUGCACAUAUGGUUCGCCGUUCUUGUGGAGGGUGUGGAGGGUAUCAUGGUAAUGGUAAUGGUAAUGGCGAUGGCUUUGAUAGCGAUGGGUCCGAGUACUACUACGACGAGGAUGACGAGGACGUCGAGUAUUGCGACAGGCAUAACCUGCCGGAUGAUUCUGAAAUGA